GUUUACCACAAAUUUUACUUCGCAUGAACUUGUGCAUGGUUUUGCAUCAAAUAUUAGAUUGAAGAAGAAAAAAACAAAUUGAAAGUCAUCUCUAUGAGAAAAAAUAAAAAGAACCUAAAAAAAAACAAAUUAAAAGGUUUAAAAAAUCUUUGUCUAAUUCAGAAUCGUAAAAAUCACUACUAGAGUUGUCAUCAAAUUCUAUUUUUAUUAACCUCUUCUUUCACACCUUUAAAGAGGCAUCUUGUAUCUGCAUUGAGGACACGUGUGCCGAAUCAUCAACCACUGCUUUAUGCACUCGAAGUGAUAUAUGUGCUUACAUGGCAACUCUGCUGCCAUCUCACCUUCCGACCAUUCCUCUAAACAUAUAGCACACUCUCCUUCGUUCUCCGAGAUCACUACACGUGACAAGUUCUCCACCGCCCGUCUCGAGGCCGGCGUACUCCCAUGUACAGUGGACGCAAGUGUUGAUUCUCGCAAAAAACUGUUGCUCAAUACUUGCUCCUCUAUACGUCUCCUCAAUGUCUCCACAUCGCUCAUCAACGAUGAGGCUGGUACGGUUCUUGGUGCUGACGUCUGCACAUUACUCGUCAACCUCGUUAGUCCUGAUGUUGGCACGGUCCUUGGUGUCGAUGUCUGCACAUUACUUGUCACUAUCGGCGCUGGAGCGGUCCUUGGUGUGAUUGAUGCUGGUACGGUCCUUGGAGUCGACGUCUGCACAUUCCUGGUCAAUCUCGACACUGGUGCGGUCCUUGGUGUUGAUGUCUGCACAUUACUAGCCAAUCUCGACACUGGUGCGGUCCUUGGAGUUGACGUCUGCACAUUACUAUUCAAUCGUGAAGCUGGUGCUGUCCAUGGUGUUGACGUCUGCACACCACUAGCCAAUCUCGACACUGGUGCUGUCCUUGGUGUCGACGUAUGCAUAUUACUAGCCAAUCUCGACACUGGUGCUGUCCUUGGUGUUGAUGUCUGCAUAUUACUAGCCAAUCUCGACACUGGUGUGGUCCUUGGUGUCGAUGUCUGCACAUCACUAGCCAAUCUCGAGGCUGGUGCAGUCCUUGGUGUCCUUGGAGUCGACGUUUGCACAUUACUAGCCAAUCUCGAUGCUGGUGCGGUCCUUGGUGUCGACGUCUGCACAUUUUGUGCGGUUCUUGGUGUUGACAUGGACGUCUCUAUAAUUAUAGAGGUUAGCGAACCCCUCGAUGGCAAUGGGUCGAUCAUCGUCCAUGUUGAUGAUGCUGGCAUGGUCGUAGUUGUUGGAGUUCUUCUAUUCAUAGCGUAG